GAGGGACAAGUUACCACUAACACAGAACCUCUGGUAAGUUAAGUCCCUUCUUGUUUAAUUAUUAGUUAAUUAAACUAAACAUAAACAUCAAUCAAAAUGAACUUGACACGUUUUAGAGUUAGACAUGGAUGCUAUUUUGGCACACCACAUAAUCAUCACUUCCUCAACUUCUCUCUCUGUCUUUCCACAAAAUUCGCCAUGGAUGCUACUGGAAAAGAUAUCAGUUUCAAAGAAGUGUUUGAUUCCGGUGCUAAAAAGUCUUUUGCUGAUUCCAUUAUUCCUCAUCUUCUCCGUUUAUAUGGAUCAUGUGCCACGGCUCGUGAUUUUGAAAUUUAUGCCCCAAAUGCUUCCUUUGAGGAUCCCCUUAUGCGUGCACAUGGGGUGCAGCAGAUCAAAUCAGCAUUCUAUUCUCUUCCUAAGGUAUUUAGUGAGUCAAAGAUUGUAGAAUACAGUGUUGAAGAAAAGAUGGUUUCACCAGGAAAAGGAGAGAUAUUAAUUGACAAUAAGCAACACUAUAAAAUCUUGGGGAAGGAUAUAGAGAUGGUAUCGCUAAUCAGGUUGUCUGUUGACGAGGGUAAAGUUGUUCGCCAUGAGGACUGGUGGGACAAAAAACCAAUCUCUAAUCGAGAAACAGUAAAGCUGCCAUUGCUUGGCCGAGUUGCAGAAAUGACUCGCAGGGGAUCAAUGCUGGCAACUCAUGUGUUUAUGAGGUUUGGGAAGGACCCGACUGUGUGAAUAAAUAGAACUCAUUGCAAAUAUCUUAAGAGUUUUAUUGUACACGAAUCUGUACAUGAGACUUUAUACUGGUGUUGACUGCAAAGUCAUGUGUUAUCGUGUUUAUUCGUACUUGUAGCUUUGAUGAAUGCUGAACUUUUCUGUAGAACUUAAUUUGUGCAACACAAAGUUCUGAAUCCCAGAUAAGUAUCAACUAUCAACCAAGUUAUCUCCUAUUUGUAUUUAUAAUUCAAAGCAUAUUAAUACCAUACUCUUUGUAUAUGGUGUUUCUUAAUA